AUGGAUAAUGCAAACUUGUGGACUCGUCGAGCAAACUCCUCCAAACUGUCUUUGUCAAUGUCUGGAACCGAGGGCAAAGAAGGCGCCCGCGUCGAAAUGCCCCGCUCAUCGAAACGGUUCGGCCCCGACAGCUCGCACGGGCGCUCCAAUCCCUUUAACGCUAUAUCCCCAAUGUCUGCCGGCGUCUCCUCACCCUCCACUAAUGCUUCCUCCGCCUUUGGAUUGGGAUCUGGUGCCUUCGCCUCUUUCGGCGCUCCCAAGACCCCCGGCGGCUCAGACGUGAAGACACCGGGUGAGAAGGGCGAGCUCUCAGCGGAGCAGGAGGAGGCCAUCAGGGCUAAGGUCCUGGCCCAUUCCCAUGUUUCCGGGCCCGGCGAGCAUCCCCUCAAGUCUACCUGGAUUGUCUGGUACCGUCCUCCCACACCCAAAUACUCCGAUUACGAGAAAUCAACGGUUCCGUUGGCAUCGAUAUCAUCGGUGGAGAGCUUUUGGGCUGUUUAUACUCAUCUUAAGCGGCCGUCGCUGCUCCCGACGGUAUCGGAUUACCAUAUCUUCAAGAAGGGUAUUCGUCCCGUGUGGGAGGAUGAGGCUAACAAGAGAGGCGGCAAGUGGAUUGUUCGGUUGAAGAAGGGUGUGGCUGACCGCUACUGGGAGGACCUACUACUGGCUAUGGUGGGAGACCAGUUUGCGGAGGCCGGGGACGAGGUCUGCGGUGCCGUGCUGAGCGUACGGGGUGGGGAGGACGUCUUGAGCGUGUGGACACGCAUUGACGGUGGGCGGAACAUCAAGAUCAGGGAAACGAUCAAACGCCUGCUUGCCUUCCCAUUUGACACCAAUAUCAUCUGGAAGAGCCACGACGACAGUAUUGCCCAACGCUCUGCUAUCGACCAGGCCCGCCAGGAGAAAGCCGCCAGUUCCAAUACUCAUCUGGGCACAGAACGGCGGCGCCCCACGGGCCAGGAAGACUCGGACAAGGGCAAGGGAUCUGCCGCGUGA